GAUCCUUGUCUGUGCAAUUUUACAAACACCAUGAAGCCAUUACCAUAUGUCAUUAAUGGAAUUGAUACCAAUUAAAAACUUUCACUUCGUUUCUCUUCCAAUUCUCAAGAAGCUAAGAUAUGACUGAUAACUAAACAAAUUUUCUGCAUUGUUGUACCUUAACAGGUUUUCAUGGCAGCAUUUCCUAUGUUUUACAAAAUGCCCUGCAAGGACAAAAAUUUACCAGCUCAAAAUGCAAUCAGGCAGAGUGAGAAAAGGAUCAUAUAUGACUGUAAUAAUAUGAAGAGGUCCAUCUUUUCAAUUCCUGGUCAAAUGUGCAGGAGUUGCCAACCAUGGAACAAAGUCAACAGUGCCCUCACAAAAUCAAACACAGCAGAGAGGAAUGUACCUAGGUGCACACUUCAUGACAAAGGUUCUAUGCAUAAGAAUGUGACAAGACUUUGGGUUUCAGACAAUCACCUCAGCCUCCUUCCGGGAUGUUAUUCCAAGAAAGAAAAUCUUUCUAGAGUUUGGUGUUCGGCAGGUUCUAGCUCAACUGAGAAGCAACUAAGGUCAUUAGAUUCUUAUUUUGGAAAACUCCAAGAUAUUGCAAAAUUGCGUACAUUUGAUUCAUCACACAAGGUGAUACAGGAGCAUCGAACAGAGUGCCAAACUAGAUCAGAAACUGCAAUAGAGUCUCUUGAUGAGUAUCUUGGAAAAAUAAAUCAUGGAGCCAACCAAGAAUCUCGCAUGCCAUAUUAUGUUGAGAAUAGUAGUGAAGAAAAUUUAGCACCAAAACAAUCUGUGAGCAGAGACAUUGAAAGAUCACACUUCAGGAAACAAAAUGCUUUUGUGGGAAUAAGAAGAAUAAAAGAAGUACAUGGUCCAAGGUCUGCUACAGAUUCAUUACAGCAUUUUGAAAUCUCUAGUCUCUACCUAAUUGGCAUAUUGGUUUCUGUAAACAUUGCAGUGUUUCUAUUUGAAAUAGCAAGUCCUGUAAGGACUUCUGAUGUAGAGAUGUUUUCGAUUCCACUACUUUAUGGAGCAAAGAUAAACCAUUUGAUCAUGGUUGGAGAAUGGUGGAGGCUUAUAACACCAAUGUUUCUGCAUGCAGGAAUAUUUCACAUGGCUCUCAGUUGUUGGGCCCUUGUAACAUUUGGGCCUCAAGUUUGCAAAGGUUAUGGUUCAUUCACGUUUUUCUUGAUAUAUAUAUUGGGUGGAAUUGCUUGCAACUUCACAAGUUUUCUACAUACAUCAGAUCCCACUGUUGGUGGAACUGGUCCUGUGUUUGCAAUAAUUGGUGCUUGGCUUAUGUAUCAAAUUCAAAACAAAGAUGUAAUUGCAAGUGAUACUUCAGAGAACCUGUUCCAGAAGGCAAUCAUUAUUACAGCUCUUAUGUUCAUAUUAAGCCACUUUGGUCCAAUUGACGAAUGGUCACACUUUGGAGCAGCCUUCUCAGGUAUGGCAUAUGGCUUUUUAACUAUUCCAACAUUUCAGUUGAAUGAUACAUCAUCUGGAACCAGUCAAGAAGAAGGACUUAAACUUGUUAGAAAACAAGGUGAUUUUUGCAAAUCACUAUUCAUAUUCACCAUAUUCAUCGUUGCUCUAAGCUCAUUCCUGUUGUUCAUGGAGCCCCCACCAAAUGCACUGGCAUCUAUCAAUGCAGCAGGCAUUGAUGCCCUGGAAUAUGUGUUGAUAUUUGGCUGAUGCAACAUGUCAUCUACUCAUAAGGUUUUCGAACCAGAUUCACCUUUUGGGAAGGUACUGCCAAUAGCCCUACAAAAACAUACACAUUGUAAAAAAGGAAGUAAAAAAGUGGGAAGUACAAGAGAGGCACUUAUCACUUAGAUAGUUGUAUAAGAAUAUUAUAGGGUUACAAAGUAAAGUUGUAUAUGCUAAGUCCACGGCUUAAUAUCUGAUAGAUGCUUAAAAUACAAAGUUCGUUUACCUCCAAUGUGAGAAAAACUGCACUCUCCUUACUUAGAGAGGUUAAGAUAUGCUAUAGUUUGGUCCCUUUUAUUGUAAAUGAGCUUUUAUGAUUUCCCGAGAGUUAUACAGAGCUUAUUUUAGUUUA